AUGGCAAAGGUAUUGGCGUGGACACCGGGGCGCAAGAAUGAUGCGGAGAGACUCUGGGGGGAGAUUUUUGAACGCGCGCGGGGCGACGCAAAGAGGCGAUGCGAGGCGCACUGCGCGUUGUUAGAAGCGCGGUGUUUGCGACCGACGGCGGUGCAUGAAUUCUUACGAGCGUACGAUGCAUUUCGAGACGAAUUCCGCAACGACGAGGGAUGGAAGAGUCGAUGGAUGACGCCCAUGGUGCAACGCGCGUACACGGCGGCGUGUCGGCUGUGCAACGACUCGCACGACGAGCGACUGGCGAGGCGAGUGACGUACGAUUUAUUACGUGACCACAAGCAAAUGAAAGCGGCGAAUAAUUUCGCACUUGCGACGGAGUAUUGCGUGAGUUCGCUACUUUCUGCAGCAACGCCGAGCUCGGCGCACGCGGCGGCUGAACUGUUUGAGGUUGCCCUCGAAGACGGCGUGAAAUUCGGCGGCACCGCUUGGUCGUACGCGGUAAGCAUGUACGCGGGAAUGAACAAGGCGGACGAGGCAAUCGCGCUAUUGGACCGUUUAGAAACUUUGGAUUUCAUGCAAUCCGGUUCUCUCGGCGCUUUGGCUUUCGCCGCCGCGUUUUCUGGCAAGAAGUCUGCCUCGUCCUCGGAUGCGGUGAUGAAAUUGGAGCGCCGCGCAAACGAUUUGAAGAUGGUCGAAGCGCGCAACGCGAAGGAGCGCGCUAAAGUGGAACGCGCUUACGCGCAGGUGAUGCAUAUGCUAAACAAGCAAGAGCGAUUUAAGCUCGCACUUCGCAUGUUCACUCGCAUGCAAUCCUCAGGCGUUCGCCCGCUCGGCGCGCAGACGUACAUCAACUUGUACGACGCGCUGAGUGAAACACCCGCAGAUGACGCACUUUCUAAGAGUAAACGCAGAGACAAUUUGCAUCGCGUCAUGCAAACGGUAAAAACACACUUGAAGAGCUUAGAGGCGCUCAUGGUUGGUAUUGAAUUGGCGUCGCAUGCCGGCGUCGCAGACGUCUGCGAGGAUAUUCAAGACCGUCUACGUUGGAACGGGCACUUACAAAGCGACAGCGUUCGAUCGAGGGUGUGGCAGUGUAUGAUGAUCGUGCGAUACAAAACAUACGACAGACAAGGAACAAUGCAGCUCUACGAAGAGUGGCUGCGUUCGGGUGAGGAAAAAAUCGCCGUCGGUGAUGACUUUUGGUUUUAUCUCAUCAAGUCGUAUUGCGACGAUCCCGUCAACGUGGACGUCGCGGCGCUCCUGCUAGAGGACGCCAUUCGUGAGAACGCCAUGGUGAGGCGUAAAACGGUCCCAGUACGGACGUUCAAUAUUGUUAUUCAAGCGUGCGCGCAAGAUCGACGCCCAGCGCUCGCGCUGACCGUCAUCGAUCGUAUGCGCGCCGCCGGCGUCAAUCCCACAGACGUGACGUAUUUAGCCGCCCUACGCGCGUGCGCGUCGGCGGCAAAAAUAGACCGUCGACGGGAUGAAAAGGCUGAAAAUGACUCCGAAGAGUCGCUCGUGAGGGUAGCGCGGACGUUGAUUGUGACCGCGUGCACAGAAGGAAUUCAGCCGACGAGCAAGAUGUGGAGCGCGGCGCUACACGUCUGCGCUCUGUGCGGCGAUGUCGCCGCGGCGACGGAAAUCUUUGCGGACAUGCGCGCUAGUGGAUCUGCGCCAAACGUGCACAGUUGUACCGCGCUUAUGCGUGCGUACGCUAGCGUGCGAGACUUGAGCGGUGCGAUUGACGCGUACUGGACCAUGAGAAACGAAUUCGACGUCGCGCCGGAUUCAAGCACGCUACAAACGAUGCUCGAAGUCGUCCGCGCCGCCGGGCACAACAAAUCCCGAGGAACUAGUGACGUCAUAUCGCGAGUGCAAGAAGUGUACGCCGACAUGCGCGCGCUCAACGUCCGUCCGAACAACGCCGUCUUAUCCCUGCUCACGGAAUCCGUCGUGGAGGACGUCUUGGCGCUUGGCUCGCCGAAUUCAGCCAUCGACGUCAAGCGUCUCACCUUGGCCAUCGAUGGCUGCGUCAGCGUGGAAUCCGAGAUCACGCAAACUUGGGACGAUAUCGCAUCGAUGAAUCUCAAGGAGUACUCCGUCGCCGAGGCACGGGUCGCGUUUUUGGGUCUAUUGCAGACGCUUCGCGAUCGCCGCGCCGCUCGAUUGCGCGUCGGCGACGUCCGCGUCGGUGUUGGUCGCGGUAAAAUUCGUGAUUCCAUCGAAACCUUGGCCAGGGACGUAAGUUUGAUGUUGUCUUACGCCGAAGACGACGAUGGUGUCGUGGUGUUGACGUCCGCGGCGAUCGAGCACUGGUUCGCCAAGCCGUAGCGUCGAAUCGGCGCCGAUUCGACGACGUCGAGACACACCUCGACGCGCCAUGUCGCGAAGAUUUCUUCGUCCCGCGCCCGCGCUCGUCCUGGCGCUCGUCUUAGCGACAAUGAUCGACGGCACGCACGCCGUGAAACGGGCGUACGCGACGAAACCGCGUCGGGAGGACAACGAAACGUUCAACGUUUUCGACGCGAGCGCGCGGCGAGUCGCGCUCCCGAGUGAACUCUCGCGCGCUGUCACGCGCGUGACUCGCGUCGUCGUCCCUGGAGACGUGCACGUGCGCGCGCCAAAUGCGCUCGAUCGCGUGUUUCGCGCGUACGCGCUCGCGACGAACGAAACGAUGGUUCGUCUGGAAAAGCGGCGGCGGAGGCAGAGGCAGCCGAUCGGCGACGGCGACUCCGCAAAGACGAUCAAUCUUCUCGUGCGGAAAUUCGCGAGAACCAACGAUGCGCGACGCGCUAGUUGGCGCGUCGUCGAUGCCAUCGUCGGUGAGGGCGAAAGCGCGUGGGUCGUGUUCGAGACGUGCGACGAUGAUUGGAUCGACGACGACGAAUCGAUCGGUAUCGGUUUUGACUAUCGCCUGCGCGUCGAUUUCGUCAACUCGAGCGCGGCGACGACGGGUGAUAUCGCGGCGUUCAUCGCCACGACAGAUCCCGCGCGCACCGGAGGCAAGUCUCGACGGUGUGCUCGGAGACGUGCGUACGGGUGACGCGUCGACGCGCGAAUUCCGCCGCGGGGUUCGUUCGCGCGCGCGCUCGCAUUCAUCUAUUCAUUCAUUCAUUCAUUCAUUAUUCAUUCGCCCGCGCGCUCGC